GUGAAUCCUAAAUUCUAACGUCAGCUUUAUUUGCAGUCUGCAGGUCACCUUGUCUUGAUUAGUAAGCAUUAUGUUUCAUGUCUCUUGUAGGGGAUCAAAUCUGAGUGAUUACUCGAGCUAAACACAACAUCAUCACUAGUUUUGGUCUUUUGGGUAUGGAUGCAGGGAUAUCAAUUCUCCAAGUCUUGUUCCUUAAACACUAUCAGUGAUAACAAGAAGUCAAAUCAAGAAUCAGCAUCUGUAACAACUAGGAGGAAACUGCAAACUGUAGCAAUAGCCAGGCUAAAGUCUGUCCUAAUAGCAUUUGGCCGAAACAGGACACACUUCCAACAAGGUCUUGGAACAAGAGUUGUAGGCACCCUUUUCAGAAACAGGCGUGAACAUGUACAUUUUGCAUUCCAGAAAGAUCCCAAUUCACGGCCAGCCUUGUUAAUUGAGCUUGCCACUCCUAUAAGUGGAUUAAUCCAGGAAAUGGCAUCAGGCUUGAUCAGAAUUGCAUUGGAAUGUGACAAGGAAGAAGAAGAAAAGAAGGUGGCAAGAGUGAUAGAUAAGCCUAUGUGGAGGACUUGCUGUAAUGGAAACAAGUGUGGCUAUGCAACAAGACAGGAAUGUGGACCAAAAGAAUUGCAGAUUCUUAAAGCUGUGGAGCCAAUUUUAACAGGUGCUGCGGUUUUGCCAGGGAAUGACAUCAUGUAUAUGAGGGCCAAAUUUGAGAGAGUAGUUGGCUCUAGAGAUUCAGAAGCAUUUUACAUGAUGAACCCUGACAGAAAUGGAGCUCCUGAAGUAUAUACUUCCUCAGAGUCUAACAAGCCAAUGACUCAAGUUUUCCUUUUCUCUUUUCUUUAGGAGAGUUAAACUGAAUAUAAUCCUUUCUUGAUCUUAGUUGCCAAGGACACAGAGAUCCACAUGCAUUAUAUCGCAUUUCAAUUGAAUGGUUUACUGAAUGAUCAUGUUGGGAAAAAUAUUACAAUAUUGAUAAUGGACAAGAGUUACAAAAUAGAAAAUAACUUAUUAUAAAUACCGUGUCAUGGCAAGCCACUGUCUUGAAAGCAAUUUCGG